ACGAAAGUAAUAAACUGACGUUUGGGAACUUCAUAAUCAUAUUUGGAUUCAUUUAUAAAAUAUAAAAUGUGUGUUUAAUAAACUCGCCAAAAGUGUAAGAUUAAAUUUUAAAUUAUAGUAAAAAUAAAAUCCAUUUGCUGUCUAAAAUAUCUAUAGAAUAAUGCAACAGUGUUAUAAUCGCGGCUGUGGGCAAACAUUUGACCCUGAAAAAAAUACUGAUGAAUCUUGUUGCCAUCAUCCUGGGGCCCCCUAUUUUCAUGACGCCUACAAGGGUUGGUCAUGUUGUAACAAAAAAUCGGUAGAUUUUACCGAAUUUUUAAGCAUCAAAGGUUGUACUCUAUCGAAACACUCUAAUAUUAAACCACCUGAACCUGAAAAACCCGAAAAAAAUGAAGGUGAUACAAAUGAUGUUGUUGAAGUGCGUGCCCCAAUUAGGGAGUCCAUGCAACGACCACCUAUUGAGACUCCAAUGUCUAUAGUAAAACCAACAAUUGCACAAGCAUUGAAAGAUACCAUAGAUUCACUUAAAGUGAAAGCCGGUAAAAUAAAUGAGGAUAGUGAUUUAGCCUCUGGAGUCAUCCAAGUUGGUACUUCUUGCAAAAAUAAAGGUUGUACUUACUCGUUUAGUGGUACUGCUACUGACAAUGCAGAAUGUGUAUAUCACCCUGGAGUUCCUAUUUUCCAUGAAGGUAUGAAGUAUUGGUCGUGCUGUCAACGGAAAACAAGUGAUUUUUCUGUUUUUAUGGCACAGAAGGGCUGUGCAUGUGGAGAACAUAAGUGGUUCAAAGAGGAUGAAGAUAAGCAAGUGGUUAAUUGUCGUUAUGAUUGGCAUCAGACUCCCACGAACGUCAUUGUUUCGAUUUACGCCAAGAAAUAUCAUUAUAAAAGUAGCAAGAUAGAAGUAAAUCCAAUCCGUCUUCAUGUUAAUCUUGUAUUUCCCGAGCAGGAAGAUGCGAAAUUUGAUUUGGAACUAGAACUACGCGGCAUAAUUGAUGUUAGUAAAACAAGUGCGCAUAUGUUUGGAACGAAAGUUGAGAUAACUAUGCCAAAAGCAGAACCUGGAUCAUGGCCAAAACUUGAUUUUCCCCGUGAAAAAUUGCCACCGGCACUAAAAGCAAAUGAAUAUAAAGGUGUUUGUACUAGUCAAAGAAAAGAUUCACAGUCUGAUGAUGAAUUUAAUUUGGAUGACAUUGAAACAGUAAACACCGGCCUGAGGCUCGCUGAUAUUAGUGACAAUAAAAACCAUUUGGACUAAAAGUUAACAUAGAAAAACAAGCAAAAAGAAAUCAAGUUUCUAAAGUGAAUAUUUCCCCAUUGAACGCAUUUCUCUGUUGAUAUUAUAUAUUUGCCGAGCAUAAUUUUUCAUAUACCUUAUCUAUUUAAUAAAUGUGUAAGAAACUAUAA